AUGGCGGUCGACUUUGGGGGCGCCCGAUCGGACACUGAAACGAAAAUGGAACUACCGGCUUGUUCAACGCCAACGGAGCUGGUCAGCCACAUGGUAGAGAGAGAAGAUGACAUUGUCUGGCGCAGAAAAAUACACAAGGAUUUUUUAGCUACGUCAGGUUGCCCAACAGCUACAAAUGUCAGAGUUAACUACCUCUCCGAUUUAAUACCGCCGCCUAUGAGACGGAUGAGGAGACUGCCCGCUGAAUGUCGGAGCAUGCAAGGCGUCGAAAAGUAUGAUUCUGUGGGACAAGAAUGGGUUCAAAUCCCAAACGACAAUAUGAAGUUCAUUGCCGUCCUGCCUCUCGUUGCUGCGGUCCUUGCUGCACCGACGCUUCAGAAGAGGGUACCGGGCGAGAUAACGCAGGUGCUCCUCUGUACCGAGCCGAAUUUCGGGGGCAAAUGCGAAAAGGUUGACUUUACUCUCAACUACCCGAACGCUUGCCACCCUAUCCCUGAGCCGUUCAGAAACAACCUGGGCUCUAUCCGGCCCGAUCGCGGGGCUCUGUGCCGGUUGACCACGGUCUCGGCAAAAGACGACUGCGACACGCACGGCGACCUCUUUAUCGAGUCUCCCGGGUUUGCAGAUCUGUUUUCCAAGACGGAUCAUUCAGGUCAGGCCAUCGCACGCAAUGCGCACCACAUUGAGUGUCAGCAGUGCACCAACUGCCAGGGAUGA